ACCACCCCGACACCCCAUUGUUUGUAUUCCCAUACAUCACGAUUGUCUUUAUUCAGAUCUCCUCCCCCCACAUAAAUAUCUUCCAAACCACAAACUAAACUCAUAUGAUUGCAUCACUCAUUUUCACUUCUCACCUGAGCUCCGUCAUAUUCCGGUCAUCUUUCCGGCUAGCAUCUCCAUUCCUUGCUUCCAUCCUCACCCAAGGAGUGGAUAAUGGGGCGGUUUUCGUUCAUGUUAGAUGGGCUUGUGAGGACAUUUUCGACUGCGAAAAGAGGGACAAGUUCUACUAGUCAAUGUGGUGGAAAAGAAGCUGCAGAAACCAUGGCAAAAGAUGCAAGAAAGAAUGAGAUGAUCUUAAGAUCAUCCGGGACUGUCAAUGUGAAUGGAUCAAACAAUUUUGCUUCUGUUUUUUCGAAAAAAGGCGAAAAAGGAGUGAAUCAAGAUUGUUGCAUUGUGUGGGAGGAAUUCGGGUGCCAAGAAGACAUGAUGUUCUGUGGCGUUUUCGAUGGUCACGGUCCAUGGGGACAUUACGUUGCGAAGAGGGUCUGCAACUCGAUGCCAUCAGCAUUGUUAUGCAACUGGCAAGAAAUGCUAGUCCAAUGUUCACUUGAUCAAGAUGAUAAAGAGCUUGAUAGGUUCAAUCUAUGGCAUGAUUCGUUCAUAAAGACUUGUGUUGAUAUCGAUCAUGAUCUAGAGAAAUGCCACAAAAUCGACUCGGUUUACAGUGGAACCACAGCCUUAACAGCCAUUAGACAGGGUGAUCAUCUUGUGGUAGCGAACAUUGGAGAUUCUCGAGCGGUUCUAGCUACGACGACAGAAAAUGGCUGCUUGGUACCCGUACAACUUACAGUUGAUUUCAAGCCAAAUCUACCUCAGGAGGUUGAACGGAUAGUCGAGUGCAAUGGGCGCGUUUUCUGCUUAGAGGAUGAGCCUGGUGUGCACCGGGUAUGGCUACCAAACGAGGACUCGCCUGGGCUGGCCAUGUCACGAGCAUUUGGCGAUUACUGUAUAAAAAAAUUCGGUCUUAUUUCGGUUCCUCAAGUCAUACACCGAAAUAUAACCAGCAGAGACCAAUUUAUGGUUCUUGCUUCAGAUGGGGUAUGGGAUGUUAUAUCAAAUGAAGAAGCAGUGGAGAUCGUGUCAUCGACGGUAGACAAGGCCAAAUCAGCUAAACAAUUAGUGAAUUGUGCAAUCCGAGCAUGGAAACGCAAGAGAAAAGGGAUCGCAACUGAUGAUAUUUCAGCCAUUUGCGUCUUCUUUCAUAAUAAUUCUCAAAUCCACCAUGUAGAUACUCCAAAAUAAGAUUUAACGAAUCUUCAAAAAGACCGAUCUCAUGUUCGAAUUCAGCUUUCA